AUGCCUGAGUGCGUCGUAUGUGUGAUAGAUACGUCGGAUUAUAUGAACAACGGUGAUUAUAACCCUUCGCGAAUGGAAGCACAAAUCGAAGCCGUCCAAUCCAUCACAACUGUUAAACUUCAAAAAAAUCCCGAGAACUACGUUGGCUUUAUAGCAGCUGGGAGUGAGUCGAAGAGGAUAUUAGUGACUCCAACGAAUGAUUUUGGGAAGAUCUUGAGUGGAUUACACCUUGCCAAAGUGGGGGGAUUGAGUGAUUUUAAACAAGCACUAUUAGUCGCGAAAUUGGCGUUGGCCAACCGUGUCGAGAAGAUCUACACACAACGUAUCAUUUUGUUUGUCGGCUCCCCUAUUAACAUGAAAGAGGAGGAGACGGCGGAGAUCAUCAACGCACUGAAAAAAAAUGGGAUUGCUCUUGAUAUUGUGUCGUUUGGGGAAGUCGUCGACAACGCGAAAGUCCUCGAAACGUUUCCGGCGGGAAUGGGUGAGGAAUGUACACUUGUCACCGUCCCCGCUGGACCACACGUGUUGCUUGAAAUGAUCUCAAAAACACCCAUCAUCAUGAGAGAUGGCGGGCUCGGAGCAUUUAAUCCAGAGUACGAUCCUGAAUAUGCCGCCGCAAUUCGAGCUUCAAUGGGAGAAGGAAAUGCUACUUAUAAUGAAGAAGAAGAAUUAGCAAAGGCUAUUGCCGCUUCUUUGGCUGAUAUGGAGGAUAACAACAGAAGGCCAAUGGAGACCGAAAAGGCUCCAGAACAACAACACAACCAACAAGCGCCACAAGAAAUCGAGAUGGACGACGAGAUGAAAUUGGCGAUUAAAAUGUCAAUGGAACCGGAGAAGAAAGAUGAAAAGAAGGAAGAGAAAAAAGAUGAGAAAGAAGAAAAGAAAGAUAAGUGA